AUGCGGGUCAUUGGUGAAAGUUUAUUCGGAGCCGUAUUGGAGGGACUUGGGAGGGUUUCGUUGAUGCCUUCCAAGAGAAUUUUUUUGCCUCCCUCUGUUAGGGAGAAGUCGAGGGAUCAGUUCUAUCAGCUCAAGCAGCUGAAUACACCAGUGGCUGAGUUUGAGGCCGCGUUUACUAGCUUAUCGAGGUUUGCACUGGAGUUAGUGGCGUCUGAGGAACGCCGUUGUCUUGAGUUCAAAAAGAAGUUGAGGACCGGGCUCAAGCUUAGGGUUGCUAGGUCCAUGACUCGGGAGCAUGGGCGCCUUGUGGAUGCUGCGGUGCAUCUUGAGAUUAUUAUGCAUGAGGAGGAGGAUAGAAUGAGGGGCUUCAAAAGGAGUCAGGAUGACCAAGAGGAUGGUAGGAGGCAUAGGGGUUCUAACAUUCAACAGUCCCAUGAGAAUGAAUUGUUGGUUGAGAGAAAUACACAGCUUGAAAACAAGGUUAAUGAACUUCAACAAUCACUGAACUCAGCUCAUACUGAGAAGGAAGCCACUUUUGUGAUGUAUCACAUGAAUACUAUUACUGAAUUAACUAAUCAGCACUCGAAAGCAUCUGAACUUAAUUUAGAAGCUGAAGCACGGGUUUCAGAGAAUAAAAUAAAGUUACAUGAAACCAUUCAGAAAUUUAGUCAAAGAGAUCUAGAAGCUAAGGACUUAAUUGCAAAGCUAAAUGAACUUCAAGGAUGGAUAAAAAUGUAUGAAGAACAAGCUCAUGAAACAAUUGGUGUCACAAAAAAUCAAAAAGUUGAGUUCGAACAGACCCUCUUUAAAUUGAAGGGUCUGGAAGGCAUCAUUGAAGAGCUGCAAAACAUGUCAGGCCAAUUUGAAAAACAGAGGGUACAGUUGGCUGGGGUGAAUUCAAAGCUUACUCAGGAUCUGGCUACAUAUGAGUCCAAACUAAAUGAUCUAAAUCAUUUGUCUAGCCAGAAUUGA